CAGGGGCGGGCGAAGAUGGCGGAGGCAGAACAGACCUGCAAAAGCUCUGUUGCAGAUAGAGCAAGUUAAGGAUAUAAGAAGGCCCAUACUGAGUCAGACCAAAGGUCCAUCUAGUCCAGUAUCCUGUCUUCCCAACAGUGGCCAAUUGCGGAUGCCUCAGAGGGAAUGAACAGAAAAGGAUUUGGGAUACGUCCUAAAUUAAAAUACUGACUGCAAGUGAAUCUUCUCCAAUCACACUGGUGGAUCUCGCCUAACACAUCAUGGCAGAAAGCAAUUCAGCAUCAACUAUACCAAAAAAGUGUGGUCCAUACAUUUCAUCUGUAACCAGUCAUGGCAUGAACUUGGUGAUUCGUGGAAUCGUGCUAUUUUUUAUUGGUGUGUUUCUUGCGUUAGUAUUAAACUUGCUACAGAUUCAGAGGAAUGUUACUCUCUUUCCGCCUGAUGUGAUCACAAGCAUCUUCUCUUCGGCUUGGUGGGUACCGCCUUGCUGUGGUACAGCUUCAGCUGUGAUUGGGUUAUUGUAUCCCUGCAUGGACAGACAUCUGGGAGAGCCACAUAAAUUUAAGAGAGAAUGGUCCAGUGUAAUGCGUUGUGUAGCAGUCUUUGUGGGUAUAAAUCAUGCUAGCGCUAAGGUGGAUUUUGCCAACAACAUACAGCUAUCUCUUACACUAGCUGCACUUUCAAUUGGACUAUGGUGGACCUUUGAUAGAUCACGAAGUGGCUUUGGGCUUGGAAUAGGAAUUGCUUUUCUGGCCACCUUGGUAUCACAGUUUCUGGUCUACAAUGGGGUUUACCAAUAUACGUCUCCAGAUUUCCUUUAUGUUCGUUCCUGGUUACCAUGUAUAUUUUUUGCUGGUGGCAUUACUGUGGGGAACAUUGGUAGGCAGCUGGCAAUGUAUGAAUGCAAAGUCAUUGCAGAAAAAUCUCACCAGGACUAAGGAAAAGCAAAAUGCAUCUUUUAUACAGGAAAAUAUGACAGACAACUGUUGGAAGAACGUGCUAUAAGGAACAUUUUGACUGUAAAAUUGCCAAAAUGCAGUUUUUCCCCCUUUGAAUGGUACACUUUACUGCAAUCUGUGAUUGCUGCUUCUGUAAGUUAGUUAGAAACCUUGGUGUCCUAUUACUGUGAAGUAACAUUUGUAUGCAAUAGAUUUGACAAUAUUCGUUCAUAGACAAGAUUCAGUUUUUUUGCCAAUCUAAAAUAGGUUUACCAUCUUUUUCCACAAUAUUACAGUGCCAAACUGACCUUGGAGUUACUGUAGUGUAGCUGAAAAUUCUGCUUCAGUUUCUCUGGCAAUUUGAGGAAUUGAAGUUUUUGAUAUUUUAGGAAAAGCCAGAGCAUUCAGAAUUAAGACUGAAGAUAUUGUAACCCAUGCUAGUAGCUAGUUAUAUUUAUUGUCUUACGUACCAACAUGAGUUACAGGUGACCUGUGAUAUCAAUAAGGAAACCAAGUUAAGCCCCAAAAUGUGCUAAAUCGCUUUUUAAAAAACAAUUGUCAAAUGUGGGAAAAACUUAUAUAGGACUAUCUGGACUGCCCCCCCCCCCCACACCAUCUUUCUUUCCCCUUGUAUCUGUCUCAAAAUGAUACAUUAUUAGGAAAUCUCUAGUGAGCUUGGAAAUGGAAACUUUCCUGAUGCUGAAAAAUCUUCAGAAAAAUGAAAAAGGAAAUUGAAGACUAAUUUCAGAAUGUGUCUUCUCACCUUGCUACUGAUUCCUGAAGACAGCUAUCUCCUAGGCCUACAUUCUGACACUACUAGUCAUGUUGAGUAAAACCUUUCUCUGCAUUAGUCUGGUUGAAGUCCGUGGGACUAGUGGGGGUGUAGGGUUGUACUGUUUUAGGUACCCGUAUGGCCCCAUUCGUAUGAUAUCUGAGUGCCUCAAACUCUUUAAGGUGUUCAUUCCUACUCCCCCCUCUGGGAGAUAGGAAAGCACCAUAAGUCGCAUUUUAUAGUUGCGGAACUUAGGCACAGAGGCUAAAUGUCUUGCCCAAGGUCACACGGGAAAUCUGUGGCAAAGCAGGGACUUGAUCCCAGAUCUUCCAAGACCUACUUUAUUGCACUAACCACUUCUCCUGUCAGUAUGUGUGUUGGAAUCUGGCCCAUAGUUUGGGGCUAACACCCAAUCCUCCCCACCCCCCUUUUUACUCGGCUUUGCAUUUCUCCCUUGAGAUUAUAGGGUAAAGACACCUUUGCUGCAAAUAGGCAUCUCCCUCUUUCUCCCCUGAUUGAUUUAAGUUGAGUUUUGCCUGACCAUACCAUCAGUGAAUUUGCCCUGAAACUUCCUCUUUUUCACUUCCAUCACUUUCUUGAUGUUGUUUAAACAAGCUCUUUUGUUUAAUUUGAAUGAUUAAUAUUUUAAUCUUCCUUGAAAGUUUUUUAAAACACGUUACAGUCCCAUAAAGAGGUUGAAGUUGGUCCAAAGAACAAAUACUUGUUUUAAUAAAUAAUAAUGUCUAUGUAUGUAUAGUACAUGAAACCUGAUAUAGGCAGGGGUUUUUUUGAGUCUUGUGUUUUUAUGUCUGAAGUCUAUAACAUGUGCAGUUAAAUGCCUCUAUGUAACAAAACGAAGGGUUACCAGAAGGAAAAACUUUUGCAUGAACAAAGCUUUUAACAUUUUUAAAUAAAAAACUGAUAUUUGGAGAUGUCAGUUCAGCAACUCCACAGUUUCAGUGGUCUAUAGCACCAUGACAUUUUAGUGCCCCAUGCACAUUUUCACGAUUUGGCCACAAUUCAGGAAAACAGUUAAGAACGUCCUUUCCAUUAAGCUAAUGAUAAGCACAUGAUUAAGUGUAUUCCUGUUCAGGGAUAUUUCUUCUGCACAGGGUCAUAAUAACUAAUGCUAGAUAAAUGAAGUUGUAAUUCCAUCUUCAAUUUCACAAGGGACUUGUUGAUAUAUUUUUUUAAAAGUAUGUUUCAUUUGGCCUGAUCUGCAUUCCUUACUCAUGCAAGUGGCUUUAGUUGGAUGAUGAUAUAAGCAAGGACUGCCCAAUCAGAUCUUCAACAUGGUUGUCUUCAUAAAAAGUAAAUGAUUGGCAUAAAAGCUGAGAUACUGAUCAUAAUUUUUACAGUAGCUAUAGAGAAAUAAUGUGGUACCUCAGAUUCCAGGGCUUUAAUGGUGACCACUGUGUGUAUAAAACUGAAGAUAAGUAAUUUCUUGUUAUUUGCUUGGUAAUAAGUUCUUUUAUAUAUUGGUUUACAUACCUUUAGAGAACAGAACAUGCAUAUACAAAUGUAUAGUAAAAAUCCUUGGGAAGUGUGGUAAUUGUUCGUUGAUAGCACCCACUUUGCACAUUUUAAAAUCAUUCAUUUAAAAAUGAUUGGAAUAUACUGUCAGCUAGCUUCUUUCCAAAUUGCGUUUUUGAAACUUUCAGCUGAUUGUGCAAAAUGCACUUGGGUGGUCUCCUUUAUUUUAUAGAUGUUGUUUUUCUUAAUUCUUAUUUGACUAAAAUAAAUUGCUGCCAGGUGAAAACCUUAUAUGCCAAAUUUUCAAACUGCAUUAUAAUUUUAUGGCUGUAAUACUCAGAACCUGAAAAAAGAGGUUAAUAAUGAGAAUGCUGACACAGCCUUAACUAUAGUAGUGUGAACAUGCUGCUAUUGUAUAAUGUGUAAUUAUAAUAUUAGACUGUCUUCAAGAUGUUCAGUAUAGAAUGAAGAAGGUAUAUUUUAGAUACAACUUUAUAAGCACUAUAAACUCUUCACUAACUAUGAAUUGUAAGGUCUAUGCUGUUUACUUCUGCUGUUAAAAGCAAAAUAUGUAUUAAAUAUAGGUACAAUCUUGUUUGACAG